UUCACAAUUAUUUAACAGCUGUUAAACCUAACUGUAGCUGUAGUACUACGACUACGAAUAGUAGACAAGUUAUGAACGUUGUGUAUAUAAUAUAUUAAGUUUUUUAGUUUAAUGUAACUAACAUAAACAAGGAAUCUAUUAAAGUAUUGGAAAAUCUGGAAAUCUGCUCAUUGCUCAGAGUGGUUGCAGUUGAUUGUGAAAUCUUACUUAUUGGCUUCACCCACUGGUUGGUAGGUUGAGAUGACAGACAAUCGACAUAGAACCCCAAUAUUUCAAGGAGGAGAUAACAAUGAAAAUUCUGAUCAAAAACCUCAUCCAGUCAGUGAAGGACAUAAGUUUUGUGAUAAAGAUCACACCCAACAAAUUGAUAAUUCUUCAACUGUUUUGGAAAAAAUUGCUGGUUUAUAUGCUGAGCGGCUGCUCUCUGAUAUCACUCUUGAAGUUGGAGGAAAGAAGUUUGCAGCUCAUCGUCUAAUUCUCUGUGCUUCUAGUGAUGUGUUUCAGGUGAUGCUGAUGAAUCCUAACUGGACAGAGUCGCAAGAAACAAAGAUUGUUCUACAAGAAGAUCCUGCUUGUGUAUUAGUGUUUCCAGACUUCUUGAAGUAUUUGUAUACAGGCAAGAUUCACAUUAACCACUUCCUAGUACUUCCCCUGGUCACCCUGGCUGAUAAGUACAAUGUCAAAGAUUUAGUGAGGCUUUGUGUGGACUAUAUGUGUCGCCAUGUUGUUUCAGCAACUAAACAUAACCAGCUGGUUUCUUGGCUUCAGUAUACACUCAAUUGUGGACAUACAGCUGUUCACAAUGCAUGUAGUAAUUUCAUCACAUGGAAUUUUGAACUUGCUGCACAAAUGGAUGAUUUUGGGUGUCUUGAAACUGAUGUUCUAAUUCAUUUUCUCCAGAAAUCUGAACUUGUGGUUAAGGAUGAGCUCACAUUGUUCCAAUGUGUUGCCAAGUGGCUUCAAUUUCAAGAACACCGAUUAAAAAGCACAUAUAACCUAACAGAAGCUGCAGAGCACUUUGCAGACUUGGCUGUGGAGGUAAUGUCACACAUACGUUUCCCCAUGAUGACCCCUCGACAUCUGGCUAGCCUUCUCAUCCACUCUCUUACCAGCCGUUUUAAAGACUUUUUUUUUGAACACAUGGCAGUUGCCAUGUCUUUUCACUCUGGUGAGCAAGGAUUACGUUUCUGGAAGGUUCUGGAGGAUCCAGAUGGUCACCUUUUUUUCACUCCUCGUCUCUACACCACUGAAAGAUGGAGUGCAUCUCUGAUCAUUGAAAACUAUCCUCUCCUUCCAACAUACAGUGUGAGGACAUUAGUAUUUAAUACUCCUGCCAGCUUUGCAGAGUGUCAGAGUGAUCAUACUUAUGAAUGGACAGUGGACAUCUACCCUAAAGGAGUCUGGUUCAAGAAGUUUUAUUUAAUUGUAUGGCAAGGAACCCUGGAAAUGCCGGAGUCAGUAGACAAAACUGUCAGACUUUCUCUUACUUCCAAGGAUACAGAAGAAGUAGCUAGAGUCUCAGUAGGCAUUUUGAUUGGGGGAAAACAGGAUGGGAUGGAACAUGUACGGAAGGUAGUAAAACGUAAUUUUGUGUUUUCAAAGGACGAGAGAAUACUAAAUAUAAAUGAUUUAAUUCCAUAUGAUGACCUCAAUAACCUUAGAACUGGACGAUCUCCAUUUCUAGUUGGACCAAAUUCUGAUGUUCUGAAACUGCAUAUUGUCAUUACACCAUUAUGGUCAGUAUGAAUUAUCUGUUUGUAUGUCUACUAUUGACUAAACCAUUGCAGAGGUAUAACCAGUAAUUUUUGAAAAAUAAAGUGAUAUAAGAAGAGACAUUAUGUUGUUACUGCCUCUCAGUACUCUUGCCUAUUGUGGUAUUAAUUAUGCCUUGGACAGUAUAACAAGAGGUUUGCUUAAUUUAUUGAGUAAAUAGUGUAAUUUAAAAAAAAAACAAUUUGAAUGAUAUUGUUAGUUGAGGACAUAUUUAGUGAAAAUUGAAUUAGAACUAUUCGAUGUUCACGUGACUGUUACUGUGUGUUAGAGCACACAAGGCUUGUUUUAUUGUUGAAAAACAUGCAUAUAAAUGUUGUACGUUUUCUUUUCAGUAUAAUAAAGAUUUACUGACA